GUUGGUUCACCAAACUCUCAGUCUUAAAAGUUUCGUCUCAGCACAGUUCAACAGCAGUCCUUGAGGAUCAGUUGUUGUUUUCUUUAGUAAAGGCUAUUUAUGUUCUGAUGGGUGAAAAACACUGCUUUAAAAAAAGAGAAACUUGGAAAAUGACAGGAGAUUUUUACAAAUGGAAAUGAGAAGGAUACUGCAAACGAGCAUGCUGUGGAUUUUAUGUUGUUUGGCUUUAGGUGCUGAACCUGUUUAACAUGACUCACAGAUCAUCAGCGUCAAAGAUUAGGACUGAUAACCAUUUGAGCAUAAAGGACUCGGAAUCCCUUGACGCCUACAUACAGAACACACUUUCAGCUCUUUACCCACCAUUUGAAGUCACUGCAGCCACUGUCCUGUGGCAACUGUUCCACGUGGUGGAGAAGUCAUACCGAGGGGACGGACUCCGCUGUCUGAUUGAUUUCCUGGUGCCGGCAAAGCGAAUCCUUCAGUGCAUUCAGCGGGACACGUGUGAUAAGUAUGCAGGACUCAUCUUCCGUCAUGAAGGCUGGCCAUUGUGUGUCCACGAGAAGGUGGUGGUGCAGUUAGCAUCACUCCAUAAGGUCCCUCUCAAGGCCGGAGACUUUUAUAUUCAGGUCGCACCACAAGGGAAUCAAUCUGCAAAAUUGGUGCUGAAGUGUCUUUCCAAAAAUGGGCAGUCAGUGGAAGAAGUUCUUGUUCCUGAGGAUGUCUAUGCAAACCUCUUCACUAUGGAAUUUCUGGAGAAUGUGAACCGUGAGCACAAGUGUUCCCUGCACAGUUGUCUCUUAACGAGUGGCACUGUUGUUCUCCGAGUGCACUGGAAGAACGUCAUUAACCCCGUGUUUGUCGAUAGGCCAAAAACCGCUCUGACUUAUGUACAUUCCGGUUCAGAUCACUAUGACCAGCUAGCACCUACCACAGAAAAGAUGCCACAAAUGACAGAAAGCAGCAACUUGCCAGACCACUGCAAUUCUACUGAGGCACUAGUUCCAGUGGAAAAAACAGCAAUGUUAGAAGGUAGAGUGAACUGUGGGAUUUGUCUCUCAGAAGAUGUGGCUUUUGAGACUAAUGUCAAACAGGAGACUUCCAAAGGCUCUGGGGAAAGAGACAGUUCAUUGUUUCCCCCAAGUUCAAAUAGCACUGAUGUAGUUCCUUUACCAAAUCUAGUUCGGCCCAGUCCUCUUACUGAUGAGGUCCCAACAGUUAACAAUGAAGUUCUGGUGGUUCCUAGCCCUGAGACCAGGAAUACUACAAAGGUUUUAACCUUUGCCACAGACUUAAGUAGUCCCUGUCAACGCAGGAAGCAGCACCGAGAUUCAAUGUACUUUGAAACAAGACGUCUGUUCAGAAAAUCAUACAUGGAAGCUUUGCAGAAUCCUAUGCAACUGGGCUUCAAUUCUGAGGUAUCCAUAGCAGAGGAAAUCAUGGAGCAUAAAACUGAGGUGAUCAAUAAUGGAAACUUAAGGAUAUUUACAAAAAGACCUGGUGAUAAACUGAGCCAAAAGCAUGGUCUACAUGCUAGUAGUUCUGAAAAUAAAGGAGGGAGUGAAGAGGCUAAAAGCACCCAGCACUGUCGAGACCCAGCUGGGCCUGUGAUGCUGCAGGAACGUUCUUCCAUUCCCAGCAGUCAAAUAUGUCGUAGAAGAUCCAAGUCUUUGGAUAUGGCCUACAAGAGCUUACAGGAGAAAGCAUUAAAGACAAGAUUCUCUUCCGGUGACUCCUCAAGAAAAAAAAUAUCAAAUGGUCACAUGGUAGAAAUGGAUAAGUUGAAUUCUGACACGUGUUUCACCAAUACAGGAAGCAGCUCCACUAACCCAGCAGGUCUCUCGCCGAGCUGUGUGACUGAGACAGGAAGGAGGGGCAGCUGCCAUGCCGUUUUAAACCAGAUGCUGGAACCUUCGGAGGCUCCUUCCUCACCAGAUUGUCCUCAGGCCACAGCGCAGGCUCAACGCAGUGGCCAAGCCUGCAACAGCUUCCCUGCUACAGCUGCCGAGGUAAACCUGGAUCUGCUGCAGUCAGGAAUCGCUCAGUUACCAGGGAACAGAGACAAAGCUGGUCGAGCUGUAAUCCAGAUUUGGACACACAACAUGAUCUGGUUGAAUCAAAGUUACCCCAGCACAGAGCUGACCAAUUUACUGGGGUAUUACUACACCAUUCCUAGGAAGGAAGUACGAGAACUUGGACUGACUGUGUUAGUGGACGCUCGCAGGUGUUCACCCCCUCCCACCCUCUUCAAAGCCUUAACUGCUCUGCAGGUUGCUAUUCCAAAUGCCAUAAAUUCAGUCUUGGUUUUGGUUGAUAGAGAGUCAACAUUCAGACCUGAAAGAGAUCCCCUUGUUCAGCAUGAAAUAGUGACUUCACUGAAGGGUUUGCACAGGCACAUCGAUGGCUGUCAACUGACACAGGAAUUUUCGGGAACCUUUCCUUAUGAUCAUAAUGACUGGAUCCGUUUCCAUAUGAAGUUGGAGCCUUUCAUGAAAAACUGCUGCAGGGCAUUGAUCUACUUGAAGAAUUCAAUCAACUCUCUGAACGUUAGCAGAAUGCCGUCCAGUACACAGGAAGCCAUUGAGCUCCUCAACCAACACACAAAGAUAAUGAAAUCUGUGCUGGAAGAUACCCGGCUGGUAGGAUUGCGUCUGGAAGGUGGGACUGUCCUUGCCAGGAUUAGGAAAGAUGAAUUCUGUGACACUGACGAUUACAGGAAUGCAAUGGAUGCAGUCACAGUGCUCUACAAUCAGGUGGAUGAAGAAGUCCAUAAGUUGGUCAAAUUAUCUAAUGAGUGCUUGCAACAUCUACAAGUCAUUCUAGGAUUGAGAACAUUUGAGGAAGAAAGUACCAAGAUAAAACAUUGGGCUGAUAGUGAGGGGGAAAAGCACUUUGUACAAAUGGACUAUUUGCCACAUUCUCUGGAAUCAUUGAAACAAAAGCAGGAAGAGUAUAAUGCCUUCUAUGGUCUGGCUAUGCAACAUUACAGAAGAGGGGUGCAACUGAUUAAAGAUGCUGGCCAUCUGAACAAUGAAUCACACAAUGAAUUGCUGCAUUUGGAAGAAACAGUCAAGGAAUUCAAGCAAUUUCUGAGUAACUUCAUCAGUAAACUAGAAAAGCAGAGAACAGAUUUGGAAAACAUAGUUAAUUUAUAUGAAUUUUAUGAGACAGCGGAUCAGUGGGUCUUGCACUGCAAUGAUCAUUUAAGACAAGUGAAACUAAAUGAGCAAAGCUCUUUGAUGGACACCACAGCCAUAGUCCAAAGUUUAGAAAGCUACCAUCAGGAGGCCACCAAGUUCAAUGCGGAAAACUUUCAGGCAAUGAAUGAAAUGGUUCAUAGGCUUGGCAGUGCCCGGGAGCUGAAGCAGUGGAACAUCCAGUGGAUGAAGUGCCAACAAACCAAGCAACUUUUGGAGGAGGUGUUGUCCGCAGCAGUCAGAAUCCAGGAGAAGCAGAGCAACAACCUGGCGACCACUGCAUCUAUUCACUCAGAGGACGAAGGGCCAAGGACAAGUGGUGAAUUUGACACAGAAGGAUCAGAUGAGCUCGGCGAGUCUCCAACUCCAAAAGCCGCCGAGGCUUUGCAGAACGGUGACUGGCCUGUCGACACGGUACACCAGCAAGAAGACAGCCAGGGUUUCAUGGCAACGGAUGGCUCCAUUGCAUCAGGUUACAAAGAGCUCUGCCAAGAUGUUGAACCCUUGCAUAAGUUCAGCACGACCCCUCCGUUCUCGGCACCUGCUUGUAGCAGGCUCCAAGAGGGCGAGUUCUUCUUCAAAGACAUUGACAGCUGCAUGGACAGCUCUUCCGUCACAUCCUGCCACUCGGAGCCCCCCCACUCACCGGGAUCCAGGUACAAGAAGCACCCUUUGAAAAAAAUCAUGAAGACUCAAGGCAUUGAGUUGCGGCAGAGGGAAAAUGGUUCAGCCGAGGUCAGCAGGCAUGGUAACACUGGAGUGUACAUCAAAGGGCUGGAAGUAGUCAGUAGUGUGGUGGCUGACAAAAACCGAAGGCCCAGGUCGGAGCUGAAAAGCCCUGUGUUGAUUAGGAGGCACAGCUUAUCAGCAUCUUCCAAGAUAAACCAUCCACAGGCACAGGAGGCAAAGAACACAGGCAGCAAGUUGCAGCACAUAAUGGAAGAAAUGAUCAGCACAGAGAGGGAGUAUGUUAAGUCCCUUGGAUAUAUCGUAGAGCACUACUUCCCAGAGAUGGAAAGAAUCGAUCUGCCUCAAGACCUGCGUAGAAAGCGUAACAUCAUAUUUGGGAAUCUAGAAAAGCUGUAUGAUUUUCACAGUCAGCACUUUCUGAAGGAACUUGAGCACUGUGCAAACAGUCCACUUCAAGUCAGCCAUUGCUUCCUCAGACAUGAAGAGCAAUUUGGGAUGUAUGCACUAUACAGUAUGAACAAACCACGGUCUGACAAUCUUCUCUCGAGUCAUGGAAACACUUUCUUUAAAAAUAAGCAGCUGGCACUUGGUGAUAAGAUGGACUUGGCUUCCUACCUUUUGAAACCCAUCCAGCGGAUGAGCAAAUAUGCAUUGCUGCUGAAAGAUAUGAUCAAGGAGUGCUGCAAAGCACAGGAACAGGAGCUCAAUGAUCUGCAAGCAGCUGAGGAAAUGGUUAAGUUCCAGCUUCGACAUGGGAAUGACUUGCUGGCAAUGGAUGCCAUUCGUGGAUGCGAUGUGAAUCUCAAAGAACAAGGACAGCUUAUGUGUCAGGAGGAAUUUGUCAUUUGGUGUGGACGCAAAAAAUAUCUGAGACAUAUCUUCCUCUUUGAGGACCUCAUCCUCUUUAGCAAAACAAAAAAAAUUGAAGGAGGAUAUGACAUCUAUGUUUACAAGCUGUCAUUUAAGACUGCUGAGAUUGGAAUGACUGAAAAUGUUGGAGAAAGUGGGCUGCGUUUCGAGAUCUGGUUCAGGAGAAGGAAAUCUCAGGACACUUAUAUCUUUCAGGCCAGCUCUUCUGAAGUCAAAUUAACUUGGACAAAUAUUAUAGGCAAAAUCCUGUGGCGGCAAGCCCUCAGAAACCGAGAGAUGAGGAUGCAGGAGAUGGUAUCCAUGGGGAUAGGCAACAAACCAUUUAUGGACAUCAAGCCCAGUGACGCUGCAAUCAGUGAUCGUGCAAUUGAUUAUAUCAUGAAGGGUGGAGAAACUCGUACAAGAGCAUCUAUUGCUGUGUCUUCAUUUGACCACUCAAUGUCCUUCAAGAGGCCUCAUUCCACCAUAUCCAACAGCAGUACCUCUUCUUCAAGCAGUCAGUCAUCUUCAUCCAUUCUGGGGACUCUCAAUCUUCAUGUGUAUUCAAAUCCAGUACAUGCUGGUCUGCAUUUGACACCCUUCAACCAGUGGACCUAUGACAUUGGUACGUGUAUCGAAGAAGAUGAGUUGGAACAAGAUACUGGAAGCCAACCCUCUAUAGUCACAGAAAGCUCGGAGACCUCUUCACAAUGCACUUCUGCAGAAAGCAUCAGUGGCUCAACUCUCAACUAUGUGUCUCAGUUUUCCACAGAGACGUUUUCUGAUGAAGCAUCUAAUCCUGACUCUAAUAAGCCUUGCAAUUAUUCAUCCCCAAAUCUUUCUCCAAAGAUGCAGAUAGCUAAGCAGGCACGAAACCAAUACAUAACUGCAUGUAAAGUCUCACAUGUAACAUUAGGCUUCUCAACACUGGUUUGCAAAGAUAGUUCACUCUGAAUGGAAAAUUCAACAUAGUCAGUGAAGAAAGUCAUUGUCACCUCUGAGGUAUUGGACUGCUACAAUAUUAUUGCUGGAAUCGAUUUGCUAACAACUCACACAGCACCAGAUAUAUCAAUCUCAAAAUCCAAAAUAGAAUGAAUAAAUCAGCUAACGUUCAUGAGCAUUUGGAUAAAUGAAAAGGACAGUGGGAUAUGCCUUUUUGCAUUAAAAAGGACAUUAAAACAUACCCAAGUGAUAAAUGGGAAGUAACUAGAGUAUAUGUACUGUACAUACGUAGAGUAUUGUUAGUUUUUUAUAUAGCAUAUUUUUAAAUUUUUAUAUUUCAUACUGUAAAUAAUGAGUCUUUGCUGUGUGACCUAUAUUUUGUGCAAUUUAUAGUGGCUGUAACUUUGGAACUGCAACACUGUAGAUAUAGAUUAAUUCUUUACCACAGCUAGUGUAUAAAUCAAAUUGUCUAGGAGUGUUAUAUUUGUGUAAAUAUUUAUUUUUAAUGGAUGACGUUAUCUUUUUCACCAAAAUUCAUGACCACUAUGUCUCUAUCCUUCUCAGCUAUACAGACUUUAUACGUGGUUUGAAACUUUGCUGCAGGUUAUCUUUUAUUUCUUUCAUUUUCCAGCAAGUAGGCAGUGUGGUGGCAUUUGAGCUGAGCAGCUUAUAGUGUCUACCAUUUUGACUGGACACUGUUGCAGUGAACAAUCUUUGAAAAGCCGUUGCUUCCAUGUAGUGGUAGACAAUUAUAAACAAGUGAUAUGAUUGACCAAAAGAUCCGUUUUUAGUAUAUUUUUAAUAAGCCAGCAGAUCAGAAACUAAGACAUGUCUUGGUCCUGUUUGCUUCUGUCCCACUUGUUAAUGUCUUGCAGUAAGUGUUUUAUUGCACAAAAUACAAAUUCUUUUUGUGUAAGUUUUCCAUUGUCUUAAAAAACAUUACAUUUUUUCCAUUAAUAUUCUGAACAAAAAUCCUACCCUUAUAAAUUUGAUCACGUACAAUAUGUUUAAAACAAGUGCAUAAACUCAGACAUAUGGCCAUUGAUUCAUCUACUGAUUAUGAUUCCUUGCUUGAAUAUAUCAAUCUUAUUUUAUUAACUAAAAUUGGUAGCAAAUAA